AUGGAGCUAAUGAGGCGCGGUCGAAUUAUUUUAGAAAGGAGAUCGCUCCCCUACAUGACUUCGACCCCUGUCGAUGUGGCUUCCCCUACAAAUCCCCGACCUCGUCUUCCUCGCAGAGCCCCGUCUACCGCCCGACCUGCCUUCUCUGCUCAUCCCAUUCAUCGCAGGACUGCCCCUGCAUCCCGGCCUGCCGCCCCUGUUCGUCCCCGGGCCCUGCCUACAGCUCGGCCCUUCACCCCGACGCCUCUUCAAUCAAUUAAUCCUCCCCGACCAACCUCCAGCCCUGGUCGUGGCCGCGGUCGAAGAUCCUCCAACGUACCUUACGCCAACCCUGCCUUUAGAGAAGCUUCACAGGCGGCUAGUCAGGCACGUUCUGUAAACGACUGCUUAGAUCGUGAUGCCCCUUCUUCUUCUCGGCGUAGGGUUCGGCUACCUUCUGAAGAGUCUGACUCGGAUGAUCAGCCUUUGGCUCAAAGACUUCGCCGCAGGGCCCCCAAUCCUAGCCAAGACGUGCGCCCUUCCGCUGUUCCUCCUCCAUCGCCUCCUGUUGCCACCACCACGCCUCCUAUUGCAACCGCUACGCCUAUCCCGAGCCAGGCAGAUGCUACUCCCACUCCACCUGAGGUUAUGACCGAGCCCCCGCUAGCUCAACCUUCCCCCUCUCAACAGCCUUCCCCCUCGUAA